GCGUGAAUUCUUUUAGGUUACAAAAGUCAUAACAAAGUUAUACUUGAUAACGGAGUUACUCUUGACACAUUUCUACAUUAUUGAUAAUUUAGCUAAACGGAAAUUUAUAUACGUUUGGCCGACGAUAUCGCUUCGAUUUGCGAAACAAACCGUAAUUGCAUUGCUAUAAUUAUAUCUAGUGAAUUGCGACGUAGAGAAACACGUAUGUCGCUGAGGCAUCGCGUGUGCAUGCGUCGGCGAAAGGAGGAGAGGUCUUUGACAAUUUGAAGAGAGACAGUUGGAAACGAUAAUGGAUAAAAUCUUUAGAUCGAUUCACACGAGCCGGCCGGCGUUGUACAGAACGUUAACCAACGAGCAAUGCGUACAGAGGUCUAAUAAACUUCCUGUGAGACGAGAUGUACCUGCGAUCAGUGCAAUGUUACUGGCACAGGAAUAUUCAACAGCUCUCCCUGUUGGCGUCAGGCACUUGUACAACAAUGAAACUCCAGUUUGUAGGCUGUUCCCUAAACGCAAUCCCCUGAUAAAUAGUCAACAGAGACGUAGCAUGUUUGUCCAAACGCAAGAUACACCGAAUCCGAAUAGCCUGAAAUUUAUUCCGGGAGUGCCAGUAUUGGGAGAAGGAUGUACGAAAGACUUUCCGAGCGCUAAGGACGCGUUCUGCUCGCCACUUGCGAAAAUGUUGUUUCGCAUCGAGGGAGUGAAGGCGAUAUUCUUUGGGCCUGACUUCAUCACCGUUACGAAAUUCGACGAGGAUGUAGAGUGGAAGCUGUUGAAGCCGGAGAUAUUUGCCACUAUCAUGGAUUUUUUCGCGAGCGGAUUGCCAGUCAUGGAUGAAACCUCUCAGCCUGCGGCGGAUACGCAAAUUAAUCCGGAGGACGACGAGAUUGUUCAGAUGAUAAAGGAAUUGUUGGAUACACGAAUUCGUCCCACGGUGCAAGAGGAUGGCGGUGACAUUGUAUUUAUGGGUUUCGAGGAGGGUAUUGUGAAACUGAAGAUGCAAGGCUCGUGCACCAAUUGCCCAAGCUCAGUAGUAACAUUGAGGAACGGCGUACAAAACAUGAUGCAAUUCUACAUCCCCGAAGUACUCGGAGUCAUACAAGUCGAGGACGAGACGGACAAGAUCGCUGAGAAGGAAUUCCAAAAAUUCGAACAGAAGAUCGGCAAAGUAGAAGAGAGUAAAGACAAAUAGACGUGAUUAUAGUUUGACUUGUAGGCGACAGCGGACCUACACAUCGUCUUGUAAUUCUGUACAUUGUAGACAUCGUAUAUUGUGUAUUGUUUAAUUGUAAAUAACAAAACAUAAAUAAAUGAUUAGGUUGAGAACCGGA